AACCGGCACAACACAACAAAAUGGCCGUCGCGCCGCUGCGCGCCUGAGGAAAGAGCCCCAACGUCUUCCGCUCCGCCUCAGCCUGCGGGACUGCUCGGCUCGGCUCCUAGGCAGUGAGCGUCAGACCUGGUCGAGCCCGUUCUCCGGCGUCCAACCCGAGCGAGACAGAGACUCCGUAUGCUGCCCAGGCUGGAGUGCAGUGGCCAGUCACAAGGUUGAUCAUAGCACAUUGUAGCCUGGAGCUCCUGGGAUCAAGCAAUCCUCCUGCCUCAUCCUCUGGAGCAACUGGGACUGCAAGUAUACACACUGUGCCUGACGAAAUAUCACAAUAUUUGGUACAUGGUUUUGAUGAACACCUGGCUUUAUUUUUGCAAUGAAGAAAGGUUCUCAACAAAAAAUAUUCUGCAAAGCAAAGAUGCCAUCGUCAUCUCACUCUCCUAUCCCAUCAUCUAUGUCCAAUCUGAGAUCUAGGUCACUUUCACCUUUGAUUGGAUCAGAGACUCUACCUUUUCAUUCUGGAGGACAGUGGUGUGAGCAAGUUGAGAUUGCAGAUGAAAACAAUAUGCUUUUGGACUACCAAGACCAUAAAGGAGCUGAUUCACAUGCAGGAGUUCGAUAUAUUACAGAGGCCCUCAUUAAAAAACUUACUAAACAGGACAAUUUGGCCUUGAUAAAGUCUCUGAACCUUUCUCUUUCUAAAGAUGGUGGCAAGAAAUUUAAGUAUAUCGAGAAUUUGGAAAAAUGUAUUAAACUUGAAGUACUGAAUCUCAGCUAUAAUCUAAUAGAGAAGAUUGAAAAGUUGGACAAGCUGUUAAAAUUACGUGAACUCAACUUAUCCUAUAACAAAAUCAGCAAAAUUGAAGGCAUAGAAAAUAUGUGUAAUCUGCAAAAGCUUAACCUUGCAGGAAAUGAAAUUGAGCAUAUUCCAGUAUGGUUAGGGAAGAAGUUAAAAUCUUUGCGAGUCCUCAAUUUGAAAGGCAACAAGAUAUCAUCGCUCCAAGAUAUAAGCAAGUUGAAACCGCUUCAAGAUUUGAUUUCUCUGAUCCUAGUUGAAAAUCCAGUUGUGACCCUUCCUCAUUACCUCCAGUUUACCAUUUUCCACCUCCGCUCACUGGAAAGUUUGGAAGGUCAGCCAGUAACCACUCAGGAUAGACAGGAGGCUUUUGAGAGAUUCAGUUUAGAAGAAGUAGAAAGACUGGAAAGAGACCUAGAAAAAAAGAUGAUAGAAACUGAAGAGCUUAAGAGCAAACAAACAAGGUUUCUUGAGGAAAUUAAAAAUCAAGAUAAAUUGAACAAAUCAUUGAAAGAGGAGGCCAUGUUACAGAAACAGAGCUGUGAGGAACUCAAGAGUGACUUAAACACAAAAAAUGAAUUGCUAAAACAGAAGACCAUAGAACUAACACGAGCAUGUCAGAAGCAAUAUGAGCUGGAACAGGAAUUGGCCUUUUAUAAAAUUGAUGCUAAAUUUGAGCCACUAAAUUAUUAUCCAUCAGAGUAUGCUGAAAUUGAUAAAGCCCCAGAUGAAAGCCCUUACAUUGGCAAAUCCAGAUACAAGAGAAAUAUGUUUGCCACAGAGAGUUAUAUUAUUGAUAAUGCUCAGGCAAUACAGAUCAAGAAGAUGGAGCCAGAUGAACAACUUAGAAAUGAUCACGUGAACUUGAGAGGCCACGCACCGCUGGACAGGCAACUGGAAGACAAAGAAAAAAAAAUAAGUGCAGCACAAACUCGACUAUCAGAACUGCAUGACGAAAUAGAAAAGGCAGAACAACAAAUUUUGAGAGCUACUGAAGAAUUUAAACAACUGGAAGAAGCUGUACAACUAAAAAAAAUUUCAGAAGCAGGGAAGGACCUUCUUUACAAGGAGUUGAGUGGUAGACUACAACUUGUAAAUAAAUUACGCCAGGAAACUCUGGAUCUAGAACUGCAGAUGGAAAAGCAAAAGCAGGAAAUUGCCGAAAAGCAGAAGGAGAUUAAGGACCUGCAAAUAGCCAUAGAUAGCCUGGAUUCCAAAGACCCAAAACAUUCCCAUAUGAAGGCUCAAAAGAGGGGUAAAGAACAACAGCUUGACAUUAUGAACAAGCAGUACAAACAACUUGAAAGUCGUUUGGAUGAGAUACUUUCUAGAAUUGCUAAGGAAACGGAAGAGAUUAAGGACCUUGAACAACAACUUACUGAAGGCCAGAUAGCAGCAAACGAAGCCCUGAAGAAGGAUUUAGAAGGUGUCAUCAGUGGGUUGCAAGAAUACCUGGGGACCAUUAAAGGCCAGGCAACUCAGGCCCAGAAUGAGUGCAGAAAGCUGCAGGAUGAGAAAGAGACGUUGUUGCAGAGAUUGACAGAAGUCGAGCAGGAGAGAGACCAACUGGAAAUAGUUGCCAUGGAUGCAGAAAAUAUGAGGAAGGAGCUUGCAGAGCUGGAAAGUGCCCUCCAGGAGCAGCAUGAGGUGAAUGCAUCUUUGCAGCAGACCCAGGGAGAUCUCAGUGCCUAUGAAGCUGAGCUAGAGGCUCGGCUAAACCUAAGGGAUACUGAAGCCAACCAGCUCAAGGAAGAGUUGGAAAAAGUAACAAGACUAACCCAGUUAGAACAAUCAGCCCUUCAAGCAGAACUUGAGAAGGAAAGGCAAGCCCUCAAGAAUGCCCUUGGAAAAGCCCAGUUCUCAGAAGAAAAGGAGCAAGAGAACAGUGAGCUCCAUGCAAAACUUAAACACCUGCAGGAUGACAAUAAUCUGUUAAAACAGCAACUUAAAGAUUUCCAGAAUCACCUUAACCAUGUGGUUGAUGGUUUGGUUCGUCCAGAAGAAGUGGCAGCUCGUGUGGAUGAGCUAAGAAGAAAACUGAAAUUAGGAUCUGGGGAAAUGAACAUCCAUAGUCCUUCAGAUGUCUUAGGGAAAAGUCUUGCUGAUUUACAGAAACAAUUCAGUGAAAUUCUUGCACACUCCCAGUGGGAAAGAGAUGAAGCACAAGUUAGAGAAAGAAAACUCCAAGAAGAAAUGGCUCUGCAGCAAGAGAAACUGGCAACUGGACAAGAAGAGUUCAGGCAGGCCUGUGAGAGAGCCCUGGAAGCAAGAAUUAAUUUUGAUAAGAGACAACAUGAAGCGAGAAUCCAGCAACUGGAGAAUGAAAUUCACUAUUUGCAAGAAAAUCUAAAAAGUAUGGAGGAAAUCCAAGGCCUUACAGAUCUCCAACUUCAGGAAGCUGAUGAAGAGAAGGAGAGAAUUCUGGCCCAACUCCGAGAGUUAGAGAAAAAGAAGAAACUUGAAGAUGCCAAAUCUCAGGAGCAAUUUUUUGGUUUAGAUAAAGAACUGAAAAAACUGAAGAAAGCCGUGGCCACCUCUGAUAAGCUAGCCACAGCUGAGCUCACCAUUGCCAAAGACCAGCUGAAAUCCCUUCAUGGAACUGUUAUGAAAAUUAACCAGGAGCGAGCAGAGGAGUUGCAGGAAGCAGAGAGGUUCAGCAGAAAGGCAGCACAAGCAGCCAGGGAUCUGACCCGAGCAGAAGCUGAGAUCGAACUCCUGCAGAAUCUCCUCAGGCAGAAGGAGGAGCAGUUUCGACUUGGGAUGGAGAAAACAGGUGUAGGUACUGGAUCAAACUCACAGGUCCUAGAAAUUGAGAAACUGAAAGAGACAAUGGAACGACAAAGGAUAGAGAUUGCAAGGCUGCAGAAUGUACUAGACCUCACCGGAACUGACAACAAAGGAGGCUUUGAAAAUGUUUUAGAAGAAAUUGCUGAACUUCGACGUGAAGUUUCUUAUCAGAAUGAUUACAUCAGCAGCAUGGCAGAUCCUUUCAAAAGACGAGGCUAUUGGUACUUUAUGCCACCACCACCAUCAUCAAAAGUUUCCAGCCAUAGUUCCCAGGCCACCAAGGACUCUGGUGUUGGCCUUAAGUACACAGCCUCAACUCCUGUUAGAAAACCAUGCCCUGGGCAGCAGGAUGGGAAGGAAGGCAGUGGACCUCCCCCUGCCUCAGGAUACUGGGUUUAUUCUCCCAUCAGGAGUGGGUUACAUAAAUUGUUUCCAAAUAGAGAUGCAGACAGUGGAGGAGAUAGUCAGGAAGAGAGUGAGCUGGAUGACCAAGAAGAACCCCCAUUUGUGCCUCCUCCUGGAUACAUGAUGUAUACUGUGCUUCCUGAUGGUUCUCCUGUACCCCAGGGCAUAGCCCUGUAUGCACCACCUCCUCCCUUGCCAAACAAUAGCCGACCUCUCACCCCUGGCACUGUUGUUUAUGGCCCACCUCCUGCUGGGGCCCCCAUGGUGUAUGGGCCUCCACCCCACAACUUCUCAAUCCCCUUCAUCCCUAUGGGUGUGCUGCAUUGCAACGUCCCUGAACACCAUAACUUAGAGAAUGAAGUUUCUAGAUUGGAAGACAUAAUGCAGCAUUUAAAAUCAAAGCAGCAGGAAGAACGGUGGAUGAGAGCAUCCAAGCGGCAGUCCGAGAAAGAAAUGGAAGAACUGCAUCAUAAUAUUGAUGAUCUUUUGCAAGAGAAGAAAAGCUUAGAGCGUGAAGUAGAAGAAUUACAUAGAACUGUCCAGAAACGUCAACAGCAAAAGGACUUCAUUGAUGGAAAUGUUGAGAGUCUUAUGACUGAAUUAGAAAUAGAAAAAUCACUCAAACAUCAUGAAGAUAUUGUAGAUGAAAUUGAGUGCAUUGAGAAGACUCUUCUGAAACGUCGCUCAGAGCUCAGGGAAGCUGACCGACUCCUGGCAGAGGCUGAGAGUGAACUUUCGUGCACUAAAGAAAAGACAAAAAAUGCUGUCGAAAAGUUCACUGAUGCCAAGAGAAGUUUAUUGCAAACUGAGUCAGAUGCUGAGGAAUUAGAAAGGAGAGCUCAGGAAACUGCCGUUAACCUUGUCAAAGCUCAUCAGCAGCUAAGAUUACUCCAGGCUGAUGCAAAGGAUUUGGAGCAGCACAAAAUCAAGCAAGAAGAAAUCUUGAAAGAAAUAAACAAAAUUGUAGCAGCAGAAGACUCAGACUUCCAAUGUUUAAGCAAGAAGAAGGAAAAACUGACAGAAGAGCUUCAGAAACUGCAAAAAGACGUUGAGAUGGCAGAACGCAGUGAGGAUCACCACCUGCAAGUCCUUAAAGAAUCUGAGACGCUCCUUCAAGCCAAGAGAGCUGAGCUGGAAAAGCUGAAAAGCCAGGUGACAAGUCAGCAGCAGGAGAUGGCUGUCUUGGACAGGCAGUUAGGGCAUAAAAAGGAGGAGCUGCAUCUACUCCAAGGAAGCAUGGUGCAGGCAAAAGCUGACCUCCAGGAAGCUCUGAGACUGGGAGAGACUGAAGUAGCUGAGAAGUGCAAUCACAUUAAGGAAGUAAAAUCUCUUCUGGAAGAACUGAGUUUUCAGAAAGGAGAACUGAACGUUCAGAUUAGUGAAAGAAAAACUCAGCUUACACUUAUAAAGCAGGAAAUUGAAAAAGAGGAAGAAAAUCUUCAGAUUGUUUUAAGACAGAUGUCUAAACAUAAAACUGAACUAAAGAAUAUUCUGGACAUGUUGCAACUUGAAAACAAUGAGCUACAAGGUUUGAAGCUACAACAUGACCAAAAGGUAUCUGAAUUAGAGAAGACUCAGGUGGCAGUGCUAGAGGAGAAACUGGAGUUAGAGAAUUUGCAGCAGAUAGCCCAGCAGCAGAAAGGGGAAAUAGAGUGGCAGAAGCAGCUCCUCGAGAGGAAUAAACAAGAAAUAGAACGAAUGACUGCUGAGUCCCGAGCUUUACAAUCGUGUGUUGAGUGUUUGAGCAAAGAAAAGGAAGAUCUCCAAGAGAAAUGUGACAUUUUGGAAAAAAAGUUGGCACAAACCAAAAGGGUUUUAGCAGCAGCAGAAGAAAAUAGCAAAAUGGAGCAAUCAAACUUAGAAAAGUUGGAAUUGAAUGUCAGAAAACUGCAGCAGGAACUAGACCAACUAAACAGAGACAAGUUGUCACUGCAUAACGACAUUUCAGCAAUACAACAGCAGCUCGAAGAAAAACAAGAAGCAGUAAACUCACUGCAGGAGGAACUAGCUAAUGUCCAAGACCAUUUGAACCUAGCAAAACAGGACCUGCUUCACACCACCAAGCAUCAGGAUGUAUUGCUUAGUGAGCAGACCCGACUCCAAAAGGACAUCAGUGAAUGGGCAAAUAGGUUUGAAGACUGUCAGAAAGAAGAGGAGACAAAACAACAACAACUUCAAGUGCUUCAGAGUGAGAUUGAAGAAAACAAGCUCAAACUAGUCCAACAAGAAAUGAUAUUUCAGAGACUCCAGAAAGAGAGAGAAAGUGAAGAAAACAAAUUAGAAACCAGCAAAGUGACACUGAAGGAGCAACAGCACCAGCUGGAAAAGGAAUUAACAGACCAGAAAAGCAAACUGGACCAAGUGCUCUCAAAGGUGCUGGCGGCUGAAGAGCGUGUUAGGAUUCUGCAGGAAGAGGAGAGGUGGGGUGAGAGCCUGGAGAAGACGCUCUCCCAAACUAAACGGCAGCUUUCAGAAAGGGAGCAGCAAUUGGUGGAGAAGUCAGGUGAGCUGUUGGCCCUCCAGAAAGAGGCAGACUCUAUGAGGGCAGACUUCAGCCUCCUGCGGAACCAGUUCUUGACAGAAAGAAAGAAAGCUGAGAAGCAGGUGGCCAGCCUGAAGGAAGCACUUAAGAUCCAGCGGAGCCAGCUGGAGAAAAACCUUCUUGAGCAAAAACAGGAGAACAGCUGCAUGCAAAAGGAAAUGGCAACAAUUGAACUGGUAGCCCAGGACAACCAUGAGCGGGCCAGGCGCCUGAUGAAGGAGCUCAACCAGAUGCAGUAUGAGUACACGGAGCUCAAGAAACAGAUGGCAAACCAAAAAGAUUUGGAGAGAAGACAAAUGGAAAUCAGUGACGCAAUGAGGACACUUAAAUCUGAGGUAAAGGAUGAAAUCAGAACCAGCCUGAAGAAUCUCAAUCAGUUUCUUCCAGAACUACCAGCAGAUCUAGAAGCUAUUUUGGAAAGAAAUGAACACCUAGAAGGAGAAUUGGAAAGCUUGAAAGAGAACUUUCCAUUUACCAUAAAUGAGGGACCUUUUGAAGAAAAACUGAACUUUUCACAAGUUCACAUAAUGGCCCAACUCCGACACUGUAUGUCCAAGCAAGCAGAAGUAUUAAUUAAAGGAAAGCGGCAGACAGAGGGCACUUUACACAGUUUGAGAAGACAAGUAGAUGCUUUAGGGGAACUGGUCACUAGCACCUCUGCAGAUUCAGCAUCAUCACCCAGUCUGUCUCAGCUGGAGUCUUCCCUCACAGAGGACUCUCAACUUGGACAAAAUCAGGAAAAGAAUGCCUCAGCCAGAUGAGGAAUACUGUCUUGUGUAAAUAUAUUCAAGGAAAGCACCUCCACUACCUCACUGACUUUAUCAUUGGAAUGUCAUUUUUUUUUUUUAAAUCAAGAUCCAGUGAACUAAGAUUCUGAAACUUCAAUGUAGUUUAUUUUGCCUAUACCAUUAAUGCCAAUGUUUUUAUAAAUAACUUGUACAUAGUACAUAUGGGAAUAGUUGCAUAUGGGAAUUUAAACCAUGCGGCUAAGCCUUUUUGUUUGUAUCUUCAUAACUUUUUUUUUUUUUAAUAAAAACCAGUGAUUUUAACUGCAUAUCUGAACCUACAAACUGGUAAAUCUUAUUAACAAAAAGAAUGUACUUGAGGCCCUCUUUAUUUAUAGUGUCGAGUUAUUUUUGAAUUUUGCUUGAAAUCUAUUUUUCAUAUAAAAAUAAAAGAUAACAAUCAACUUGGGUCUGUCCGCUGAUGUUACACUUCACAGGUAAUUCUAUGGAAAAGCUGUCAAGUUUUUACCUUAAUUCCAAGUAAGCAAGCUUUCAGGUGGUUUUCUUUUACCUGGAGGCUGAAAUACGUUAUACUUAUCAAUGAAGGUUUCAUCAUUUGGAAAUACAUCAAUUAUAAAACUAUUAUGCUUCAGAUGCCUUUCCUCAGCCAACAUAUUCUUUGGUGGAGAAUCAGGAAAAUUUUGUACCUUGGAGAGUAUGACCCAGUGAUAAAUUCAAAUUGUGUUGCCUUUAAAAAUUCUGAACUACCAUAAUUAACAGCUCAACUCCAUGAUGUAUAUAUUUCUUUAAAAACUAGAAUAGCAACUGCUCUCACAGUCUGGCAUAAUUAUUCCCAAGGGGGAAAUAUGUAGUAAGUUUUAAAAUAUUCUCGGGAACUGUUUUCUAGAUCACUAGACAGCUUUUGAGUCACAACAGGCAUAUUACCAUGUUACUAUAAUACAGAACAGCACAGUGCAGCAAUCCCUCACCACAAGGUUUUUAUUCCAAAACAGUUAUUUGGCUAGAAGUGGACUGUUAAGAUACGGCAUCAAUGGAGUUACAAUAAAGAUAAUGAAAGUGACAGUUUAUUAAUACACAGUAAUUUCUAGAAGGCAUCUACUUUCAAAACAAAACUUGAUUUCUUUUGUAUUUACAUUUUUUGUUUCAAGUCUUAGCAAAAUGCUAAAAGGCCUGGCCUAGUCACAAUUAUUGACAUCCUUCUGGGACACAAUUUUCUGGGCCUGUGUUGAAUGAGGAUAAAUUUUCUUUUCUCUAAAAUGCCACAUGAACCCUGUACUCCCACAUGAAGAGGAAUGGAAGGUAAUUAUUUGGUCUUUUCUUCUGUUUAAGGGAAUGAACUGAACCACUCAUGUUUUUAAAAUCACACUUAAAACAGCAGACACAUGGGCAAAAAAGUUCCCCAAAACUAUUGUCUUAUGGAAUUUGAGAAGGGAGGUAAUGUAUGAACAUUAACAUCUGGCUUCAAAAGACAUCUUUCCAAAGAAAUUGUACUACCUAUUACGUGUACACCACCAACCAAAAAAAAAAUUACUCCAUCAAACACUUUAUUAUCUAUAAAAAAAAGACUUGAACAUUGUACUGAAACAUCUAUUUAAGCAUAAAUAGUACUUAAGCACCAAUUACUCAUCUGAGGGCCGCCUCACAGGUCUAAGGGCAAUGAGUAACCUCGAGAAGCAGGUGACUGCACAAGCAGUAAGCUAUGGAUUAAAAAUUAAAAGGAUUUCACAUUCUUUCCAAAGUGUACUGCCCAGUGUCUGGCACACACAUGUUACAAUAUGACAGUGUGCUCUAUUUGUGAGCACCCAAGUUUAUUACAGGGGAUUACACAUGCGUAUGAUAGAAUCUGGCUCCCAGUACAGUCAAAGGAGAACAGCAUCAGCCAGCAAAUGUGCUGAUCUUACACUGAAAAUGGUUGACUGAAAACAUUUCAAGGGUGAUGUAAACACAAGAAUAAAACUGUGGCUCUAUUACUUAGUGAUGGGGUUUUAUAUGCUACAUAUGUAGACCUCUCUUUAUACAACGAAUACAGACAGUGCUGCAAUAAAAACUGAUGACACAUCAAAUUGUUCACCUGAAGAAAAUAAACCCUAUUAUAGUUCAGAAAAUAAUGCAACCAAUUUUAAUUUAAUCUAGAUACAGGUACUUUAUUUACAAAUAUUUAGAUUAAUAGCAUUUUGUUACAUCAAAUGAAGAGUACAGCAGUCUGAAUAAAUCCUUCGGUCACAAAAACAAUAAAACCCACUGUAACUAACUUUGGGAGUCAGGGUAUUGCACCUCAACAAGCCGCAGUCUUUCGUUUGUGAUUGCCACCUUAUAUCCCAAUGGGUGGUUUGUUUGUUUUGUUUUUGUAAAUAUACACACACACCAGCAGGUCAUGGUCCCUGGGUGAAUCCCUUGUGAUGCAACAGUGUAAGCAAAAUGGAUCACUGUAAGUCUUUAACAGAACAUACCAAUCUACUCCAGAAAUCCUAUUUUUUAAAAAGUUAAACAAAGACAAAAAUAAAAAUGAAUCCACAAAUUAACCAAAGCCUAUUUUCUGCACAUUCCAGUUUUGGCUUUUAUUUAACAUUGACUAUACAAUACUCUGGUACUACCACAUGU